GCCAUCUAAAACAAAAAGAUAACUUUAUUACAUUUAGUGCCUCAUUUCAUCUAUAAAAUGGACUCAAAAUCUCAUGUGUCACUAGUUUCUGAAUACCUCACUAUUUCUUCUUCUCUCAGUUUCUUUGUGUGAGGUCCAUUUUGAGCAAUGAAAAGAAAGCUAAGCAUUGUUGUGCUCUUCUUUGUUCAAAUGCUGCUUCUUCUUGUACAAAACCAUGCAGAGAUUAUUGUGUCCACGGUUGAAGCUCCAGCUCCACAACCUCACAAAAACACCACCCACUUUCCUCCACCUCCUCAGCCUAACGAAAACACCACACACUUUCCCAAUCGUGGCAUCACUGAAGGCAGUCUUAAACCACAAGAAUGUGGACCACAUUGCACAGCUAGAUGUUCAAAUACGCAAUACAAGAAACCGUGUCUGUUUUUCUGCCAGAAGUGCUGUGCCAAGUGCUUGUGUGUGCCUCCUGGAACUUAUGGCAACAAACAGGUUUGCCCUUGCUACAACAACUGGAAGACCAAAAGAGGAGGACCCAAAUGCCCCUGAAGCUUCAAAUUUCAUCAAUUAACUCUGUGGUUAGUUUAGAGGUUUCACUACUUUCUUUCAAACAAAAAGCUCGUGUUUGAUAGAUUAGCUUAAACGGUUGUUUGGACAUUUUAGAAUGCAGAACAAAGUUUAAGUGUUUUGAUGCCUUUGUAGUUAGUUGCAACCACAACUCCAUGUAUUUAUGUAGCUACCAGAUUGAAAUUAUGUACCUUAAUUUAAUAAUGUUUGUCUUUGUGUGCUUUGUUCUGCCUAUGGGAAUAAGACAGAACACCUUCUGCAUUGAAUUUGUAGUCAAAUUCCUUGCUAGAAAUAGGUAUACAAGACACAAGAAACACACCCGAUGCAAAUGUGUGUCUUCUGGUUAUGAAAAUUUAAGUACGAAUAUUAUUCCUUAGCAUUA